GAAUUCUAACCUUAGAAAAACCGUUUUGACAUUUUGAAAAUAACAAUCUUGUCCGUAAUAUUUUCCUAUAAAACAGUUACAGAUAUUUUGAUUACGGUUCAAAAAUUUAUGAAACAAAAUGUCGUUUGAUGAUUCCGGUGAUGAACAAAGUGAAGAUGGAGAACUACGUCAAAGUCCACAAGAAAUUAAAAAAAUUGAGAGCGAUUUCAGUCUAUCUGAAGAAGAUGUAGAGGUUGCUGAUGAUUCUCUAGAUAUAAAGCCACCUCAAGCUAAAGUUUCCCAGAGUUCCAAGCUCAGAAGAAGAGAACAUGGAGAAAGGUCACGACAUAAAAAAUCCUCUGAUAAGCACAGGGAAGAUCGACACAUGCACAGAGAGAAGCACUAUAAGGAUAAACAAAUGAGAUCUAAAGAGCGUGAAUAUUAUCAAAAAGAGAAAGACAAAGAAAGAUAUUAUAGAGAGAAGACAAGUUAUGAUCAGCUCAUGUCAGAGUCGCAACAGUAUAUAAAAGAGAAAAGUCAUAGAGAAAGAAAAGAAGAACGUGCUAGAUAUUCUGAUAGCCGAAAACAAGAGGUUAAGGAGUCAAGGGAGGUGAGAUAUAUUUCAAGAGAAAGUGAAAAGCAUAGACAUAGACAAGAUGAGGAAAAAAGAGGAGAUAGAACACUUCAUGAUUUACGAGAAAGAUUGCUGAGUAAACGUAAAAUUGAUGAUGAUGGAUAUGAAAGGCGACAUAGUAAAGAUUCCCAUCGCUCUCAUAAAAGGAAACGCCAUUCAGAAGGUAUUGAAACAGCUCUAGAAGGUGAAUCUGGAAUGUAUGUGAAAGAAAUAAUCAAUAUAAGUGGAGGUGAAGAAAAAGUAAAGACAAAAAAGGAUGAGAAAAAGGAACAUUUAACUGAGAAAGAAAGAGCAGAACAGGAUCAAAGGAGAGAAAAAUUACUUGAAGCUGAAAGAGAAAUCGCUAGGAUGAAAGAACAAUCCCGUUUAGAAAGAGAACGACGUCAAGACAAGGUAAAGUUUGAUAAACACAAAGAAGAACUUGAAGAGCAUUAUAGUAAAAGAAUAGUUGCCGAAGAAAUCAUUUCUGAUAAUUCAGAAGAGGAACAGGAAAGUCCUGAAACGGUUAUAAAAAGAAGAGAGUCUGGGGAUAAGGAUUAUGAUGAGUAUGUGAAGAGUGAUAAAAGUGAUGCAACAUCAAGAAGCAGAAGUCGGAGUAGAUCAAGUGGGAAGUCUGACAGGAGUGCAUCCAGCGCAAGAUCUAGAAGUCGAGAAAGAAGCAGAUCUUCUGAGGUAUCGAGAUCAGCUACAAGAUCUCCAGAAAGUCCAGAGGACAGAAAAUCCGAGGAAAAAGAUAUGGAUAAUCCAGAACACCAGAAAGAAAGGAAACCUAAAGAACUUGAUGAAGAUCUUCCCCCUUACUAUCCGGCCAUAUCGGGUUGCAGAUCUGUGGAAGAAUUUCAGUGUUUGAACAGAAUCGAAGAAGGAACCUAUGGCGUGGUGUAUAGGGCAAGGGACAAAAGAACUGAUGAAAUUGUGGCACUCAAGAAGUUAAAAAUGGAAAAGGAGAAGGAAGGUUUUCCAAUUACCUCACUUAGGGAGAUCAACACAUUAUUGAAAGGCCAGCACAAAAAUAUUGUAACUGUGAGAGAAAUCGUUGUAGGAAGUAAUAUGGAUAAAAUUUUUAUUGUUAUGGACUAUGUUGAACAUGAUCUGAAAUCAUUGAUGGAAACUAUGAGGAAAAAGAAGCAAUGUUUCACAGCAGCCGAAGUGAAAUGUCUUCUCCAACAGUUGCUAUUGGCUGUUGCACAUUUACAUGAUAAUUGGAUACUCCAUAGAGACCUCAAAACUUCAAAUUUAUUACUUUCCCACAAAGGUAUCUUAAAAGUUGGAGAUUUUGGUUUAGCCAGAGAAUAUGGAUCGCCAUUAAAGGCUUAUACUCCAAUUGUGGUGACGUUAUGGUACAGAGCUCCAGAAUUGCUACUUGGUUGUAAGGAAUACAGUACCCCGAUUGACAUGUGGUCAGUUGGAUGCAUUUUUGCAGAACUUACAUUGAUGAAUGCAUUUUUCUCUGGAAAAUCGGAAGGAGAUCAACUGGAAAAGAUAUUCAGGGAACUUGGCACUCCCACUGAAAAAAGCUGGCCCGGUUUGAACAAACUCAUGAAAGUAAAAUUACCUGAGUAUCCUAGAUCGAACUUGAGGGUAAAGUUCCAUAGUUUAACCGAGUUAGGAAUCGACUUGUUACUUGGUUUUCUGACCUUUGACCCAGCUCAGAGAACAACAGCAGAGCAGGCUUUGAAACAUCCAUAUUUUGAUGAGGCACCACUUCCAAUAGAUCCUUCGAUGUUUCCUACAUGGCCAGCUAAAAGUGAAUUGGGGCAAAAGAAGAUUCCUGCUCAAAAUUCAAGCCCCAAACCUCCCUCUGGUGGGGGAGAAUAUAAAAAAUUGGAGGAGGAUGAGUAUGGUUUCAGAAUUGGAAUUGGACAGGAAAGAAAUUUAGGAAUGGGAUUUAGCUUGAAAUUUUAAUGUGUAUUUAUAAUAUAUACAUAAAAAUAUAUAUAUGAUAUAAAUGUUGAUUCGAUCUAAUUAAUCAGGCUAGCC